AGCAUUGUAAACCACCCGUCUUCACCAUGAAGUUCAUCAUCGCAGUCCUGGCUCUGGCUCUGGCCGUCGCAGUCAACGGAUCCUACCUUCCAAGCGUGGUGUCCUACUCAGCAGCUGUUCCGACCGUCUCCAGCUCGGUUUGGCCAGCCUAUGGUAGCCUGUACGGAAAGUCCGCCGUGCUGGGAGGUUAUGCUGGCUACCCGGCAACCUACGAAAGCUGGCCAGUGUACGGAAAGACCUGGGGAUACCAGGCGGCACCGGUUGUGACCAAGGUCGUCGAUAAUGGAGCGUGGAACUAUGGCGGCAAUGGAUACAACAAGUACUGGCUGUGAAUUUGAUAGAUUUUGUAAAUGGAACAUAAUAAACUGGUUGGAAAUUUACAGAA